GAACCAAAGAUAGAAACAGCUGGCCCUUCCAGGCAGCUAAAAGCCUCCAGUCUAAGAGGUGUUCCCCACUCAGCAGCCAGACUCCUUGAAAUACCCUUUCAGUAAUUCUAUAAACGCUUCUAUGUCUCUACUCUGCCAUAACAAAGGCUGUGGGCAGCAGUUUGACCCCAACACCAACCUUCCUGAUUCCUGUUGCCAUCACCCUGGGGUCCCAAUCUUCCAUGAUGCGCUUAAGGGUUGGUCCUGCUGCCAAAAGCGAACUGUAGAUUUCUCUGAGUUUUUAAACAUCAAGGGCUGUACUAUGGGACUACACUGUGCUGAGAAGCUUCCUGAGGCCGCUCAAGCUGAGGGCCCUGCUACAAGCAGUUCACUUCAGGAGCAAAAACCUCUGAAUGCGAUUCCAAAGUCAGCAGAGACCUUGCGCAGGGAGAGGCCCAAGUCAGAGUUGCCUCUGAAGCUGCUGCCACUAAAUAUAUCACAAGCCCUGGAAAUGGCAUUGGAACAGAAGGAACUAGACCAGGAACCUGGGGCAGGACUUGACAGUAGUCUAAUCCGAACUGGUUCCAGCUGCCAGAAUCCAGGAUGUGAUGCUGUUUACCAAGGCCCUGAGAGUGAUGCUACUCCAUGUACCUACCACCCAGGAGCACCUCGAUUCCAUGAGGGGAUGAAAUCUUGGAGCUGUUGUGGGAUCCAGACCCUGGAUUUUGGUGCAUUCCUGACACAACCAGGAUGCAGAGUUGGUAGACAUGAUUGGGGGAAGCAGGUAAGCCCCAGCUUUCCUGAAAUCUUGAUUAGAAACCAGUCUUAGAGAUAAAUUAUCCUUGACCUCCUGGCCAAGCUUCCUAUAUUCUCCCUUUAGUAUGAACCAAAUAAAAUUAUGCUUCAUAUCCACAUUGUCUUUGAUGGUAACCGUGUGUUCCAAGCACAGAUGAAGCUCUGGGGGGUCAUAGACGUGGAACAGAGCUCUGUCUCCUUGAUGCCAUCUCGGGUUGAAAUCUCCCUGGUCAAGGCUGACCCAGGAUCCUGGGCCCAGCUGGAACACCCUGAUGCACUAGCUGAGAAAGCUAGGGCAGGGGUUGUGUUAGAGAUGGAUGAGGAAGAAUCUGAGGAUUCAGAUGAUCUGAGCUGGACAGAGGAGGAGGAAGAGGAGGAAGCAAUGGGGGAAUAGUGAUACCAGACAGUUGAGUAUCUAGAUAGGACCUUGUUGACUCCAUUAGACAGGAUAUGGUUGGCUGUGUGGUGUCAUUGAACGUUAAAUAAAUCUUGUA